AUGGCUAACGACGAGUACGAUAACGACUAUCUUCUCCUCACUAUAGUGGUCCUUAUCGGCGACUCGGGCGUCGGCAAGUCCAACUUGCUUAGUCGAUUCACGCGCAAUGAAUUCAACCUAGAUUCCAAGUCGACCAUCGGCGUCGAGUUUGCUACUAGGUCCAUCCAGAUCGACAGCAAGACGAUCAAGGCGCAGAUCUGGGAUACAGCGGGACAGGAGCGGUACCGCGCCAUCACCUCGGCGUACUACCGUGGUGCCGUUGGUGCGUUGCUCGUCUACGACAUCAGCAAGAGCCUCUCGUUUGAGAACGUGACGCGGUGGCUGAAGGAACUCCGGGACCAUGCGGAUAGCAACAUUGUCAUCAUGCUCGUGGGCAACAAGACCGAUCAGCGGCACCUGCGUGCCGUGCCGACGGACGAUGGCAAGAACUUUGCGAGCGAGAAUGGGCUUUCCUUCAUCGAGACCUCGGCCCUCGAAGCGACGAACGUCGACCUCGCUUUCCAAAACAUCCUGACUUCCAUCUACCAGAUCGUGUCGAGCAAGAGCCUGGCGGAGGAGGGCGCGGACAUGGCGGCGGUAUACAAGUCUUUGUCGAAGAAUUCCUCCAAGGCGGAACGGAAAACAGAAGCCAAUGGCACUGUGGAGAGGAAAAACAAGCAGAGGGUCUUGAUCCUCUCAUCUCGAGGCGUCACCUACAGGCAUCGGCAUCUUCUCAAUGACCUGGCUUCGAUGCUUCCCCACGGGCGGAAAGACGUCAAGUUCGAUUCUAAAUCCAAGCUGUACCAGCUGAACGAGUUGGCUGAGCUCUACAACUGCAACAACGUGUUGUUCUUCGAGGCGAGGAAAGGGAAGGAUCUAUACAUGUGGUUUAGCAAGGUGCCCAAUGGGCCGACGAUCAAGUUCCACGCUCAAAAUUUGCACACAAUGGAGGAGUUGCACUUCACAGGAAACUGCCUUAAGGGCUCAAGGCCUAUUCUCUCUUUCGACGGCGCUUUCGACUCCGAACCGCAUCUCCGCGUCAUCAAGGAGGUCUUCCUCCACAUCUUUGGGGUGCCGCAGGGCGCGCGCAAGUCCAAGCCGUUCAUCGACCAUGUCAUGGGUUUCAGCGUGGCCGACGGGAAGAUCUGGGUGCGCAACUACGAGGUCCGGGAAGUUGAGAAGGUCAAGGGGGACGACAACAACGACGAAGACGAGGGCAGUGGCAAGGCGCGCAACAAGAGUCGAGUCGGCGACAAGGACACAGACGUCAGCCUGGUGGAGAUUGGGCCGCGGUUCGUGUUGACGCCGAUUGUGAUACAGGAAGGUGCGUUCGGCGGGCCGAUUAUCUACGAGAACAAGCGGUUCAUUUCUCCGAACCAGGUGCGUGCCGACCUGCGGCGGGCGAAGGCUGGGCGGCAUGUGGCCCGUAUGGAGCAACAGAGGGACACGCUGGCGCGGAGGAGGAACCUAGGGCUUGAGGACGGGCAGCAGAAGGAUCACAGUGGAUUAGAUACCCGGGAGCUGUUUGCGUAG